AUGUCUGACGCAGAGCAGGAUACAACCGUGCUUGGCAAGCGUGGCAGACACUUGGACGAUGAUCCAGAAUGUCGUGUCCAGAAUGACGAGGAUGGUCCUACGCCAGCCGUCGACGCAGACAUGAACCAGGAUGACAGUGAUGAUGAUGUUGGUCCUAUGCCUCUGCCUGCUGGCGCCAAUGGUGGAUUCAAGAGGAAACGCAGGGUUGUGCCUCACGAGAAACUGUACCUGGACCACCUCCCGGAUGCGGAACAGUACUAUAAAAGCUACAUGCACCGCGACUCCCUCAGCUUCGUUGUUGUCACGAAGACGGACUUUAUCAUCACUACAUCUGUUGAUGGUCAUCUAAAAUUCUGGAAGAAGCAGGACGAGGGCAUCGAGUUUGUGAAGCAUUUCCGUGCACACACGAGCCCUAUAACUGGGGUCUCAGCAAGUGCAGAUGGACAACUGUUUGCGAGUAUCUCGGAAGAUGGGUCAGCGAAAGUGUUCGACGUGCUCAAUUUUGAUAUGAUAAACAUGUUGAAGCUCGGGUUCACCCCUCAUGCGUGUUGUUGGGUACAUAGACGGGGACAAGCCCAAGGCUUGCUGGCUAUCUCAGAGCAAGGGACGGGUACCAUACGACUUUAUGAUGGUCGCGGUAAUGACAAGCCACUACUAACAAUCGAGAAACUUCAUCGUUUCCCGGUGCAUUUGAUGACGUACAGUGACCGCUAUGAUACCGUGAUAUCUGGUGAUGAAAACGGUUUCGUCGAGUACUGGCAACCGUUUGAACCUUUCGAGCCACCGAAAAAUAUACCUGGCAUGUGGUCAUUGAAGUCUUCUACAGACCUGUACGAGUUUAAAAAGACAAAAUCAGUCCCUGCUUGCAUAACGCUUUCACCGGAUUCCUCUUCCUUUGUUACGUUUUCUCUUCCAGAUCGCCAAAUUCGCAUAUUUUCCUUCCUAAAAGGCAAACUUACUCGAAAGUACGAUGAGUCAUUAACGGCAAUCCAGGAAAUGCAACAGGCCAGUACAUCGGUCCACCGCGUAGAGGACAUGGAGUUUGGUAGGCGGCUAGCAGUGGAAAGGGAACUCGAGAUGCCCGGUCCUGAUGGACGGAUUCCUGCAAUGUCGACUAAUGCAGUGUGGGACGAAAGCGGCGCAUUUGUCUUGUAUCCGACGUUACUUGGAAUCAAAGUGGUCAACACAGUGACGAACCGUGUCGCGCGGCUGCUGGGAAAGGAUGAAUCAGUCCGAUGGAUGAACCUUGCAUUGUAUCAGGGAGCGCCUGGGAAGAAGGGGCUAGCGCCUGCCAUGACAGCGUCUGCGAAUCCCAUGCUGGCUAAUAAGGGUAUUCGAGACCCGACCCUCUUUUGUACGGGGUAUAAACGCCAGCGCUUCUAUCUCUUCACCCGCUUCGAACCAGAAGACAGUAAAAUACACGACCGAGACGUCUUUAAUGAACGACCGACGCGUGAAGAACAGUCCAUUGCCUCCGCGACCGCCCUUACCAAAUCGGGGCCAUCACCUUUGGCUUCAUCCGCAGGUGAUUCACACAUCCAUGGGGGACAUACAUAUGCGCCUAUUUCCCCAACAAUCUCCCAGGGCCGUGGAGAAUUUCUCAUUCCGAAGUUUAUGAUCCAGACUGGAGAUCCAUUGGGCGAUGGCACUGGGGGCACGUCAAUUUGGGACAGGGAAUUCGAAGACGAGUUUUCCACAGAUUUGAAACAUGAUCGGCCAUAUACCGUCAGCAUGGCAAACGCAGGUCCCAAUACAAACGGCUCGCAGUUCUUCAUCACCACGACAGCAACCCCAUGGUUAGACAAGAAACACACGAUCUUCGGACGCGUUUUCUCCGGAUUAGAGGUCGUCCAUAACAUCGAAAACGUGAAGACGAAUAAGAUGGACAAGCCAUUCGAAGACAUCAAGAUUGUCAACAUUGAUGUCGAUUAA